UGUCACCAGUGACACAACCACCACCAGGAGCCUCCAGAACAGUGCCACCGGGGCCCCAUUCCCUUUCCACACAGGUUCCCACACAGGUCCACGUGGGCUGGGAGACUCCAGCCCUGUGCAGUGCCUCUGAGCCACCCCAAGAUCCACCAGGAACCCGUGUCCCUGUGGCCACUGCACCAUGUUCCUCUUUGCCCAAAAGCACAAGACGCCUGUCAGCACCUACACCGACGCUUUCCGGCCGCCAUGCACCAUGAAAAAGACGAUCUUUGAGAAGGCUCCAUUGCAGCUGUGGAAAGAAAACAAAUUUGUGACCCAGGGAUUAACAAUGCCCCAGGAGCAAAAUACGUCGCACCGAGGUCAGCCUGAGAAGCUGAUUAAGGCUGUGAUGCAGGAGUAUUUGUACCGGAAUGCCACUGACCCCACCGCUUACUGGCCUGAGAAGUACUGGCUGACCAAACCUGAAGAGAAAUACUGCCCAGUUUUUGUCAAUGAGGACAAAUACAUCACCUGGAGAACAGGUCCCUACAACAGCGCAGCCUGGAACAAGUACAGCACCUACCUCCCCCUGCCACCCAAGGAGAUGAGAAUGGAGACCUUUCUUCAAAGCAUACCUGUGCCAUACCCUCCAAAACCCGCCUGCCUCAACCAAUAUGAGAGGGAGGUGGUUGGUGACAUGCUGCGCAGGCUGUCGCAGCUCUCACCACCAUCCCUGCAGCCUGUGUACACUAUGUCGGGGAGGAGACCCUUCCAGGGCUAUUUCAGCCCAUGCUCUGGUCGCCACUACUGCCUGCGAGGGAUGGACUACUAUGUCGAUGGGGACCCUGCCAUCAGAAGGCAUCUCCACACACUAGCAGAACGGACUGUAAGGAGCAUCCCAUGUUGCAAUUACAGCCCUACAGCGAUGUUCUGUGCAACUACACAUCACCCCCGGCCAUCAUACCCAUAUAUGAGCCCUAGGUGGGACUCCAGCCACUUCAAGAAGCUGGGGGGAGUCCAGAGAGGCAACUACACCAUCCACCCUGAGUUCGCCUCAGAGACGUACAAUGCACCGGCAUGGUAGUGGAAAGCAAAGACUAUCUCUUCAAUAAAACCACUUUGGGCAACCA